AUGAAGCAGAGCAUCCUGUCCACGCUCGCUCUGGCGUCCAUUGUCGCAACGGAGUAUGUCUGGCCCUCUCAAUACGACGAGAUUGAGGAUUACCUCUCCCUCCAGUCCGGAUACUUUCGCAGGGGUUUCAUUGAUGGCGUGAUUACGUGUGGCUUCGGCGGUAGCACCCCAGGUCGUCAGAGCUCUGCCGAAUGGCUUCGCACGGCUUUCCACGACAUGGCCACGCAUGACGCAGCCGCCGGUACUGGCGGUCUGGACGCCUCCAUCUUCUUCGAGUUGGAUCGUCCGGAAAAUGUUGGACGUGCCUUCAACAACACGUUUGGAUUCUUCAGUGGCUUCCACUCCAUCCGUGCUUCUGCCUCUGACUUGUUGGCACUGAGCGUCCUCGUCGCCAGCUUUUCCUGCGGCGGCAUCCAAAUCCCGUUCCGUGCCGGCCGUAUCGACGCUCAAGAGGCUGGUCCUGCUGGCGUCCCGGAGCCUCAGACCGACCUCAACACAACUCGGCAGACUUUCACCAAGGCGGGAUUCUCCACGAGCGACAUGAUCGCCAUGGUUGCAUGCGGUCACACUCUGGGAGGUGUACACAGUGUGGACUUUCCGGAGAUUGUUGGCGUCGAGGCGGAUCCGAACAACGAUACCGUAGCGCACUUCGAUACCAAUUUUGCCAAGUUCGACAACGUCGUCGUGACUGAGUACUUGAAUGGCUCAACCAAAAACCCUCUGGUUGUUGGGACUAAUGACACUCUCAACUCGGACAAGCGCAUUUUUGCCGCGGAUGGAAACAAGACGAUGCAAGCCAUGGCCGACCCUGCGGCUUUCCAGGCUACUUGUGCCGACAUCUUCGCUCGCAUGAUUGACACUGUUCCCUCCACCGUCAAACUCAGCGACCCUAUUUUUGCAACUGACAUCAAGCCCUACGUUGACGGGCUGUUCCUCACGGACGACGGCAACCUGUCCUUCGCGGGCCGCAUCCGCAUCCGCACCACCGCCGUCACUGGUCGAGACCCCAAUGAUCUCUCGGUUCAACUGACUUUCGCCGACCGCAACGGCAAUGGCUCGGCUGUAAUCACCACCAGUAAGGCGACCUUCCAAGGCGGGAGUGCCUCGGGACUGUGGAAAGAAAUUUUCAACUGGUGGGAAUUUGAUACCACCAUCAGCCCCGACACAGGCAUCAGCAAAUUCUAUAUCCACGUUACGAAGCCGUCAACCAACGAAACUAUUACGUACGACAACGCUGGAAACGGAUACCCGAUAAGCGACGCUCUCCUAUACCAGCAGUCCCAGUCUUGCAUCGGAGAUGUUGCGAAUGGGAAGUUGCCGGUUACAGUCAAGGCUCUCGUUCGCAAGGACCGCGUUCCCACAACCGCUGAUGGCCUGACUCUGGAUCUGGUUCACCAGGUUCGCAGGCAGGGGGUCGUUGUUCCCAGACUGGACGUUGAAAAGAUCAACUUUCAGUCUGCCGGGGAGGACAGGGGUCAGUGGGCAGUCUACACAGCCACUGGAAGCCUCGAUGCGGCGGGAUGGAGCACAAGUUUUGAUAUCAAGCUGGGCGGCGACAACCCAGUCGAAGUUGCCUUCCAAAAGACAACCUUGCUGGGAUCUGAUACCUGCACAUAG